AAAACAAACUUGGGGGAACGAGUAGGCCACAUAAGAAAGCAUCAUAAGACUAUACAGGGUUCAUUAAUAUCAAUCCGUCGCAUCAUCAUCACAUAGAGCUUCAGCUGUUCUUCUUGAAUGGCAUAAGUAUAAACGUCAGGAUUCACAUCACAAAAUUAAACUUUUUACUUUACGGACAGGCUUUGUAAUAUGGAUGCAAGCAUAAUAGAGAACGAGAAGGAGAACAUUAAGCCAUUGGUCUUCGGCCGAUGUGCGCUGAAACUAGGGAAAGCUCUAGUGGAAUCCCGUGCUCCGUCGCUUUUGUCCAAACAACGUGAAAAGUUCGAGACCGAUCUACAAUCUGAUGAGCUAGAUGAUCCUCUCCAAGUUUACGUCGACUUCAUUGCCUGGACGCAUAAUCAUUACCCACAAGGUGCGAAUUCAGAGAGUGGCUUGUUACAUUUACUCGAGCGAUGCACUUCUUGCUUUAGAGAUACAGCCCACUACAAAAACGAUCCACGGUAUUUGAAAAUCUGGCUUGAAUAUGCCGAGUACUCAAACUCGCCCCGUGAUAUUUUUGUGUAUUUGGCGAAGAAAAGCAUUGGACAAGAACUUGCUCUAUAUUACGAGCAAUUUGCUUCCUUCCUAGAAUCAAAAGGCUUGACCACAGACGCCCGUGAAGUAUUUGAAAUCGGGAUAGAGAAAAAUGCAUGGCCCGUUAAAAGAUUGCAGAGAUCUUUCGAUCAUUUUGUUGCACGUAGUGGUGCACUGGAAACGUUAACACCAGAUACAUCUUCUGCGACGAAAAGGCCACUGGCAUCAACAGUGUGGAGCGAGAGCAGCCAGCCGAUGAAGAAAAGUAAACUUGAAAUUCAUCAGGAUCUAACAACUGCUACGCUCAAAGAAACAGUGUUCGCACAAAAUCCUUCUGCUAGAAUCAAUUCGGCGGCGUUGACAGCCAAAGAAAAUCACAUUUCGGCUAGACCAUGGGCGGGCGAAAUUGUAAAACAGAAUGAAUUAGCGGAUGUUGAUAAGAAACCAGCAAAAUUUGAAGUAUUUCGCGAUAACGAACCAAGUCAAACGGAGGGACUCGAGUACAGAGAGGAAAAUGGCCAGACAUUCACAUUAAUGAGCCAGCCAGGAAAGCCUCGUGAAAAGAUAUACGUGAAUAUGAAGCUUCUUUAUCCUACCCCAGAUACUGAGGUAAGUCUAGGUGAGCUCUUAGCGAUGUCGCAAAUAGAGAGAUACCCCGAGAAACUAAAGUGUCCUACUCCUAUCAAGAACCUUGUGGAAUACAGGGAAAGAGACCAGACGUUUACAAUUCCAUUACGUGAUGACGACACUGUGCACAAACCCAAAUCCCCCACUAUAACUAUGAUGUCUAGAAUGGCGACAAAUGACGUGUUAGGAAUGUUCAAUGAUGCAGCAGCGAAUGCAAAUCUGGAUGAUGAGACAAGCAAGGAAUUCGAGGAUUCUACCAACUACGACGGAUUCCAUACGGAGACCAUUCAUGUCGAGUCGCAGGAAAUUGACAGAAAACCUGGGCCAACGAUUUCAACCCCUCCUACUGAUCAUUACAUCACAGAUGAAGGAAGUUCGCCACUUUUAGAGCGGCCCUGAUCGGACUAAUCCAAAUCGUUUGCAAUCGUGUCAUUUUUUUUUGGUAGAUUCAUCUGAUUAAAGGGGCAAAACCAUAUAACGAAUAUAUAUAAAAAACCUUUAAAC